CUGACAAUGACCAGCCGUCAGACUGAGUGCUGUAAAUACAUCAACUAUGCAAGACUCAAAUACGAGAUUGCUUUUUUAAUUAUUAUUUUUUUAUCAAUGCCGUCUGCGUUGAGCCAACACAACCAUGUACUCCAUGAUGACCCACUUAUCUCCACCUAUGAGGCGCAGUGCACUGUAUCCAGUAAAGUAAGCCAUCCACGGCCGGCAGUGUUGCUUUCACUGCAAGAUGAGCGCUCAGAGAAUUGGUGUCAUAGGCAGGUUAGUCUUGUUUUAACUUACAAUUUAAGUUACGACAUUUCUGUGCCCUCUCUCACACAAUCUCCUUCUCUCCCCCUUUCUCUAUUUACCUCCACCCUCUCUCUCUCUCUCUCUCUCUCUCUCUCUAUCUCUCUCUCUCUCUCUCUCUCUCUCUCCCCCCUCUCCCCCCCCCCUCUCUCUCUCACUCUCUCACACACUCUCUCUCUCUCCCCCUCUCUCUCUCUCCCCCCCCCCUCUCUCUCUCUCUCUCUCUCUCUCUCUCUCUCUCUCUCUCUCUCUCUCUCUCUCUCUCCCCUCUCUCUCCCCCCUCUCUCUCUCUCCCUCCAUCCCCUAUCACAGGCUGUUGUUUCCCCUCUCACUAUCAGUUUUAUCAGUCUGUGUGAUCGCAUAUUUAACUCUUUGUCACUCCUUCCCUUCUGGCUUUCUCUCACUCUCUCUUUCUCCCUUUUCCUCACUCCUAACUUUCUUUCACCGUUUCCUCUCAUCCCUCCCAUCUACCACCCUCCUUACUCUCGACGCUUUCUUUCGCUCAUCUUACUCCAAUCCUUCUAUCACCCCUUCCUUCUUCUCCCAGACUUCCUUCUCUCAGACCUCCUUCUCCCAGACCUCCUUCUCUCAGACCUCCUUCUCCCAGACCUCCUUCUCCCAGACCUCCUUCUCCCAGACCUCCUUCUCCCAGACCUCCUUCUCCCAGACCUCCUUCUCCCAGAUCUCCCUCUCUCACAUCUGUCUCCCUCUAGUCACCAUCAAAUGCUUGGAAGUAGUGUUGUUUUUUUUCUAUGUGUGGUGAAGGUUAAGUUCGACAAUUGACACAUUGAGUUCAUGAGAACUUGGAACAAUCGAGACACACUUGAACAAUCGAGACACACUUUAACAAUCGAGACACACUUAAACAUUCGUAACACACUCGAACAACCGAGUCGGGCUCGAACAAUCGAGAUACACUCGAACAUCGAGACACAUUUGAACAAUCGAGACACACUUGAGCAAUCGAGACACACUUGAGCAAUCGAGACACAGUUGAGCAAUUGAGACACACUCAAGACACACUUGAACAAUCGAGACACAUUUGAACAAUCGAGACACACUUGAACACUCGAGACACACUUGAACAUUUGAGAAACACUUAAACAAUUGAGACACGCUUGAACAAUCGAGACACACUCGAUAUCAAAUUUCAGAGCUUCAGACAAAAUAGCCAGUCUCAGCAUGUUUUUAAAAAGAUAUUGACAGGUGUGUGCGGGGGGGGGGGGGCGUCAGGGAUGAAAGUUUUUCGUCGGAUCUGUGAUCUCUAGCAAUCAAUGAACCACGACGUUAAGACAUUGCCAGUUAAUAAUCAAGGAAUGAAAGCUUCAGACAAAAGAGCCAGUUCCAGCAUGUUUUUAAAAAGAUAUUGACGGGGGGGGGGGGGGGGGGGGGGGCGUCAGGGAUGAAAGUUUUUCGUCGGAUCUAUGAUCUCUAGCAAUCAAUGAACCACGACGUUAAGACAUUGCCAGUUAAUAAUCAAGGAAUGAAAUGUUAUAUUUAACUAAAUGUAUUUGAAUCACCCCUAGACCAUCUGGCCUAUAGGAUACACAACACCACAUAUUGCCAUACAUACUGCCCUGUGAGUUCUUGGCCUUUGUUUUAAAAAAACUAAUAACGUAUAUGUUCGCACCGUUACAAGGUUUUGAAAAUUUAAUAUGUUUUAUAAUUUGAUUCGUGGAUACGUAGUAAAGAGCUGAAGGGAAAAAAAAAGUUUACGAAGAAACACGAUACCAAAGCUAGUUAUACUAAACAAUGUUCCAUUUAAUUAAAUGCAUUUAAAAAUACAAAAUCAAAUAGACAUAAAUUUAUAUUAAUUUACAGCACAGCGAGUGAAAAAGUACAAUCCUCGAAAAAUACAAAUAUUAAUACACACACACACACACGCAUGCACGCUCGCACACACACACACACACACAUGCACGCAAUACACAUUAAGAGUACAAAUCUGUAAGUAUGGGCCUACUAUGUCUAGGAAACAUUUUUUAAAAAGAGUCCAGGCUGGGAAAGCUGCCACCUUAAUUAUAGAGAUAAAGUUUGUAAUCUCCAGAAAAGACAUUUUAGAAAUUAUAUCACGUGAUAGCAUUCUUUAGAUCAAAUUAGACCGUAUUCGAACGUAAACAACCUUUUGUAAAUCAAGGCAGGGGUUGGUAAAAAAAAAAAAAAGAUUGGCUCUACCCAUUCAAUCGGAGGAGUUAAUAUUAAAGGGAAAAAAAGGUUGGGGGGGGGGGGUGCGGUUGAAUGCUACAGCUUGUGAAUAAAAGCUAGGUCAAGACACAAGCUAUAACAGUAUGUAAUAGUUCAAACAUUUCCAGUUCCACCCAGACCAACUUCGUUCAUAUUAAAUCUUCUCCCCAGCGGCCUGAUUGGCCGAAGUUUCUCCAUGCUGUUUGCUAGUGCUGGGUAUACAGUGGUCGUCUAUGACGUACUUCCUGCACAACUAGAGGCUGCCAAGAAAGAUAUUUGGCUACAGCUGAAUGCCUUGGAAGGUCAAGGCCUUCUCCGAGGAAAGCUUUCUAAGGAGCAACAAUUUGAGAGCAUCUCUACCACUCAGAGUAUUGAAGAUUGUGUCAAAGGUUCAUUUUUUAUACAGGUAGCCUACAACAGGGUUUGCAACAAUGUUUAAUGUUAGGUCAUGUCUACAAGUGCCUUAUUUAGAUACAAAGUAGUGUGCAGAUACUUAUUGUUGGCUCAUAACAAAUACCUAAUGAGGUUUCACAUGCCAUUAUUUGUUAUUUAAAAAGAUAAUAUUACCUUUAUUGGAUUGUAGCCUAUUUUUUUUAAAGGAACACAAAUUAUUUAUUGUUUAAUAAUUUUUUAAAGUACAUUAAAUCUUUCAUUUGUAAUUUGUAAUUUUGAAACUUUAUUUUUAUAAACCAUUUAUUUAAAAAUUUCAGCUUAAAUGUUUCACUUAAAAUUUAAAAAUAAAAAAAUUAAUUUGGAUAUUUUUGUUAAUAUACAUAUUAUGUUCCAUACUAUAAAUCUAAUAUAUUUAUGUUGUUAUGAUUUUUUAAGGAAUGUGUACCCGAGGUUCUUGACUUGAAACGUAAAGUAUGGUCCCAAGUGGACAAGCUCAUCAGUCCAGACGCAAUCAUGUCAUCAUCUACAAGCGCCCUAUUACCAUCUGCCAUUUCUGAAGGUCUGGUCAACAAGAACAGGUUCAUCAUAUCACAUCCCGUAAGAUGAUAGUUUUGACUUUUUGUCAUUCGGAAAUAAUUUAUAAUAAAUCAAUUUGAAUACCAUUAAGUUUAGUAAAGUUUCUGGCAUUUAAAAAAAAUAGUUUCUGAUAAUUUAAAAAAUUCAUCUAAAAGAAGAACUAGACUAGAAAAUGUAUAGGCCUAGUCAAUAUCAUAUUUAUCUCCAGAUAGGUUUACCGGAUAUGCUUCAUAAGGGGCCGUCCAUAAACUGUGUGUUAUUAUUUGGGGAAAAAUAUUACCCCCACUCAUCUCUAAAGUACGGGAUAGGGUUACCAUGCGCCCAGGUUUCUACGGACAUGGCCUCUUUUAAGGCCAGUGUCCGGACAGCUUUCCAGAAAUGUGGCUUUUGUCUGGGUUUUUACCUUGUUUGUCAAUAACUUCUUAUUUACUUUUCUGUGGUAUAUACUAUUCUGUUCCAUGAACUAAAUAUGCACACCAGCAAUAUUUAGUUCAAAUGUAAAGGUUACUAAGGUAACCACUGAAACUUCUGGUUCUGGAAGCCAUUUUUAUAAAUAUAACGCAUAGCAUUAUUGCGAGUUCAUGACAAAUGAUACAUUUUUCAAGUUAAAUAAAAAAAUAUUUGAUUUAAAAAAUGGUGAAACGUGUUCGUUUACAGAUGCACUGACAACCUAAUGCUUAGGUUUUCAUGCAGGUCCAUAUGAAUGGGAAGCUGAAUGUUUGACAUGUGGCAGUGGAACUUAUAUCUCUGUUGCCCAUAUAAGGACUCCCUGGAUUUAAAGGCGCACGUCCAAACGCCAAAGAAUGUUAAUAGUGUUCUAGGAAAAAUUUCAUCGACCAAAGUCACCAACAUUUUCCUAACACCAGGUUCAAAAAGUGAUAAAUCUGUUUCAGCAGCUGAAGGCAUCUUGGCAUUUGACGCUGUCCAGCACCACCACAGCUAUAGAUCAAUGGACUGCAGUUGUUGCUCAUUGAAAACAAUUUUUACCUGAUUCUGAUAUUGCAGGCAAAAUCCUGUCAGUUUAAUGUAAUGUGUACCGAGCACUCACUAAAUACAAUUUUAUCAUGAAAACUAUUUAGACUAAGAACAAUAUUUUGCGUAGUUUAACUUUAAUUUUAAUGAUACAACACUUAACAUUGGCGUAACCCUAGGAGCCAGCUACGGGCCACUAACUAGAUUUGAUGGAAAUUUUGUUAUCCUCUUUUUUAUCUAAGGACUUACUUCACACUUUCGAACUAAAAUUUAAAAUAAUAAACAACUACUCAACGUUUCAACUAAAACACACACACCUUUAAACUAUGAAAUGUAUAAAAGUGAAAUCUACUGUCAGAAUACAUCUAUCCUAACAGAAAUUUUAAUAUCACUGUCAAUAAAUCAGAUUCUAUUUGUAUCAUAAAAAAAUAUAAAAAUUUUAAUGUCACACAAGAUCUUUAUCCUCUUCUGUAACACACUGUCACACUUUCUUUGACCCCCUCCUACCCCCUCCGGAGCGUGACAUACUUCUUAUUCUAUAUCUUAAGGGCCCACGAUCAAUUUUUUGAUCAUUUUGGCUCCUAUGCAUGUAGAUGGGAUUAGCAAAUGUUUCUGUUACUGGUGUUGAUGAGGAAAUCAUGCAUUAAGGGUUUGAAGGCUUGAGGCAAUAGACACAAAUGUGUCUAGUGUUGUCGCCUCAACCGUUCCUUUUGAAAGAUGGUUCCAGUCCCUGAUUGUCUCGGGCAGGAAUGAGCAGCUCCUAUACUGGCUUCUUGCUGGUAUAAGCCUGAAUUGCCUGUCAUGGCCUUGUCGCUGUCUAUGGGGGAGAGGGACGAGUUUCUGUUUAAUACUGGAACAGUGGACCAGCCCAUUAUUUAUCUUGUACAUCUUGGAGAGCCUGGAUUGUCGUCGUCGUUUCUCCAAUGGUGACCAGCCUAGUGUUUCUAGCAUGCUGCCAACACUAGAGGUAUUCCUGUAGCGGUUUAGGACAAAACGUGCUGCUCGUCGCUGGACCGCCUCCAACCUGUCAACGCUCUUCUGGGUAAAUGGGUCCCAGACUGAAGAUGCAUAAUCUAAAACCGGACGGACAAAGGCUUUACACGCUCUUUCUUUCACACAGGAGUUGCCAAUCUUUAGAUUUUGCCUUAAGAACCCUAGGGCUUGGUUUGCUUGGUUACAUACAUUGUUAAUAUGCUCGUCCCAGCGGACCUCUCUUUGAAUGGUAACACCCAGAUACUUUACGGAGGAAACUUGCUCAAGUAUAUGGCCGUGCAGUUCGUAUUGGUAGUGUAGAGGAGUACAACUUCUAGAGAUUGAUAGUGUCUGGCACUUGGCAGGGUGAAAUUCCAUGUCCCAGCUCAUCUCCCACUCAGCUAACAGAUUGAGAUCAUGUUGUAGCUGGUCCUGGUCAGAUCUGUUGGCGGUCGUCCUAUACACUGCUGUGUCAUCUGCGAACAGUCUUGCCUGUGAUGUCAGUUUAUGGACAACCCCUAAUGUUGGGACAAUCAGUGGAUUUCUAAGUAUUAUAAAACUUCUUAAAUUAAACUUGGAUCUAUUGUAAAAAACAGGCCACUAAUAAUGAAGAUGGUUGCAAACUGUGUAAAUAUAGAUAUAAAGAAUAUUUGGUAUAUAGAUAUACAGAGAUAUUGAUAUAGGAAAUGUAUAUACAGAUAAGGUAUGUAUAUAAUACAAAUGUACUAUGUAUUUAAAUACUGUACUAAAAUACUAUUAAAUUAUUAAUUUAUAUUAUAUACUAGAUUUUAAGUGAAAGAUCAAUAUUAUUUUAAAAUGCUUUCUUAAUGUAGACCAACCCCCCUUUCUACGCGCCUGCCACAGAAGUAGUGCCAGCGCCGUGGACAGAUCCAGAUGUGGUUGAAAGAACUGUAUCUCUUCUGAAAGAGGUGGGUCAGGUGCCUGUACUCAUCAAGAAAGAAGUUCCUGGAUUUGUCCUCAACCGCAUCCAGUAUGCCAUAAUGGGAGAGUGCUAUAGGCUCAUUAGAGUGAGUAUUACAGAAAAUCAUUCUAAAACAUGAAAAUAAGUUAAUUGUCAAAGUUAAUAUCUCUUUUGCCAUUUUGUAUAGUAUAAUAUAGUCAACAUAUAGUCAACAUAUAGUCAACAUAUAGUCAACAUAUAGUCAACAUAUAGUCAACAUAUAGUCAACAUAUAGUCAACAUAUAGUCAACAUAUAGUCAACAUAUAGUCAACAUAUAGUCAACAUUUGAAAUAAAUUAAAGAGGAAAGUUUGGUGUUUUUUUUUGUUUCAGGAUGGAGUUGUGAGUCCAUCAGAUUGUGAUCUCAUCAUGUCUCAGGGAUUAGGUGUCAGAUAUGCUUUCAUGGGACCCUGGGAGACUGGAUAUCUUAACGCCGAAGGUAGUUUGUUAUUAAACUGUAAUACUGUACACCCCUUUGUUGAUAUUUGUCACUAUAAAAAGGGUAGUUUCUUAUAUUUUAUAUUAUUAAUUAUUUUUUUUUUACUGAACUCAUCUGUCAAUAACAGGAAUGUACAGCUAUAGAGAUCGUUAUGCAGAUAUGAUAUUGGGCAUUCAAGAAAGCUUUGGUCCUCCAGAGCGAAUGGAUGGUCCUACACUAGACCUCAUACAGGAGGACAUAUCACGUGUGGCAGGACCUGUAGAAAACAUUGCUGUUCGGAGGCAGUGGAGGGACAAGCGGCUGAUUGCCCUUGCCAAGUUGAAACAAGAUUUGGAUAAAGCAGAAUAAAAGAUUUUUUUGUUUGCAUCUAGUCUGCUUUGGAAGCAUUUAUAAUUGUGAAUCCAAAUAAAAAUUUCCAUGUCCCUGUGUGUUUUGUGCAAAGAAAUGUCAUGUUACAGUUUUGUUCAAUUUGCUUAAUUAUUGGUAUUUAUUAAUUUUUAUUAUUUAUUUAAUUGCUGUUUCCACAAAUUUAAAUGUCAAGUUUUUAUAAUUUGAUGAUCUGUACUCUCUAAUUAGAUAUUUUGUUGGUAUUGAAAUAAUUAAAAGACUUAAACAUUUGUCAGACCUUGAUUCUUAUAAAAUAUCUGGAAAUUAAGCGCUUGGAUUACAUUUUGAUACAACAACAAAAUAUUUACCGUACUCAUUCACAUUACUUUUGAUAACCAGUAUUUUUAAUUAAUUUUUUUUUUAAAAUUCAAACUUUCAGUUAACUAAACAAAAAACAUUAUCUCAUUGUUUACUAUCUUAUGUUAGACUAACUGAAUUCUACAAAUUCGGAAGAUUACAAUAUGUCAUACUAAUAUGAAUAUAAGACAACAUGUCACAUCCUUUUUUCCUUUGUCCAGUCUUUCAAAAUAAUUAUUAAGAGUUAAAACUUUCAUUUAUCAGUAAAAUUCAUCCACAAAUAAAUCCAAAAUCUUUAUGGCAUGGAUGUUAUCUUAAAAAUUCUUCUACUUCUUCUGUUUCAUCUUUUAUUGUUUACUUCACUCUUUUUUUUAAAAAUAAAAUUAUUAUUAUUAUUAAACCAUCUAAGUUGAGAUGGGGUUUUUUUUGUAAUA